AUUAUAAAAUAAAAUAAUAUUUAUGACUUAAAAUUAACAACAACAACAAUGAAUAAAAUAAUUCGGCAAUUGGCUAAUCAACGUUAUUUUUGUUCAAAAGCACAAUUUCAGAUAAAUGAAAUAAAUAAAAAAAUAAUUAAUACUAAAUUAAAAAUACCAGAAGCUGAAUUUAAUACUGAAUUUAUUUGUAAUCCUGCAAAUCGUGAUAUUAUUAAUCAUAACAUUGUCAAGAGAAAAGGUGUUGGUAAUAUUGACAGAGUAUUGGAGUUAUCAAAAAAUGCAAAUGAUGAAAAUUCAGUAAAAGAAUUGCAUAAAGAAAUUUCUAAAAUUCCAAAUACAACUGAUCCAAAAGUAUUUGAUUAUCCAGAUGAAGGAAAAAUUAUUAAAUCAUGUAAUGUACCAGGUGAUUUUGAUUUUGAGCCAAAAACAUUUGAUGAAUUAUCAAAAAGUUUAAAGUUAGUUAGAAUGGAUGAACUGGGACCAGUUGCUGGUGACAAAAGUUACAUACUAAUUGGUGAUUUGGCUCAACUUGAAGAGGCACUAAUUCAAUAUACAAUUAGUAGAUUAAUGAAAUUUGGUUUUCAAUUAAUAUCUGUACCUGAUAUUUUACCAACAAAAGUCAUUGAAAGAUGUGGAUUAAAUAUAAGUGGAGAAAGAAAUUUUAUUUAUUCAUUAACUGAUAAUUAUGGUGAUGAUUUGAGUCUAUCAGGAACAGCUGAAAUGUCGUUGGCAUCAAAACUUAUUGAUUCAAUAAUACCACAUGAAGAAUUACCACUUAAACUUGCUGCUGUUAGUAGAUGUUUUAGAGCUGAAAUAUCAAAUAAUAUUGAUGAACCAAGUAUUUAUAGAGUUCAUCAAUUUACUAAAGUUGAAAUGUUUAUAUGUACAGAUGAAAAAAAUUCAUGUGAUAUGUUAGAUAAUUUAGUUGAAAUACAAGAAAAUUUAUUCAAAGAUUUAGGAUUGAGUUUUAACAUAAUUGACAUGGCAUCACAUGAACUUGGUGCACCAGCAAAUCGUAAAUUUGAUAUUGAAGGAUGGUAUUCUGGUAAAAAAGGCUUUGGUGAAUUAUCAAGUACUAGUAAUUGUACUGAUUAUCAAUCAAGAAGAUUAAAUAUUAAAUAUAAAAAUGAUAAUGAAUUAAAAUUUGUUCAUACUUUAAAUGGUACUGCUUGUGCUGUACCCAGAAUGUUGAUGGCUAUUUGUGAAACAUAUCAAACCAAGGAAGGAAAUAUUAAAAUACCACAGCUAUUAAUUCCAUUUAUGAAUGGAAAAAGUGAAAUAACUAAACAAAAUAUUGCUGAUAUGAGGAUAUAUAAAUCAAAGUCUAAAAAAUAAAUUUGUAACAUCAAAAUUUAUAGAUAUUAAGAAGCAAAAAAAUAUAUUGUUCUUGAAGAAGAUCUCAAUAAAAAUACAAUUUAUUCGCUCAAUUAUUAAACAAUUAUUGAAAAUCAAAUUUUUUCAUUUGCUAAAAAUUUAUAUAAACAUUAUUGUCUUCAGCAUCUUGAUAAAAAAGGCUGACAAUAUAUUUUUUAUUCUUCUAGAAGUUCGUUGUUGUAUUGUUGUUGAUCUUAAUGCUGCGCUAGUGUCAUGUGUACUUAUGUGUGUGUAUCUGUGUGCUGAAAAUUAUUCAACACAGUCAAAUACUUGUGUAUAAAAAUUGUGGCUACAUGUGAUUUCUAUUUGCAUAUGUAAUUAUUUGUUGUUAUUGUUAAAACAUUACAUAUAAAUAUUGCUUUAUAAAUUAAUGAAUAAAUUUUGAAUUGUCAA